CGUGGGGGGAAGGGGGGCUGGUGCAGGAGUGGAGGCGAGCCCAGGAGGUGGCUGCGCCUGAUGCGCCACCCUGAGGUGACUUCGAGUGGAAGUCACAGGAGAGGAGCCAGAGGCCAUGCGGCUUCUUGCAGGGCACGGGGGUUGAAUCUGGUGUACGAGGGAGGGGCUUUAUCGGGGCUGUGCCCGAGCAGGAUGGAGGGUCGAUUUAGUGUGGCCUUCUGGGAGGAUGACCUCAGUAACUGCCGGUGUUUAGUACCAUCACAUUUCUAAACAUGCUCUUGGCCUGGCUACCUCCACCAACCACUGUCCAGAUCUGGCCAUCUACUUGGUCAUCUGAGUUUGUGGCCUCAUGUCAGUCCCAAGCUUUUGAUGCCUAAUUGGGGUUUUGUAAGAUUUGCAGGGGUUGGUUUAUACAAAGUCAGUGAGAGGCUGCCUUCUGCCUUGUUUACCCAAGGUAAGUCCCAACAGUGAAGUCUCUUGUCCCCAGAGUCUGGUUUUUCAGUUCCUCUCCGGGGUUGGCUUUGGGAAACCCAAUUGUCAGCAUGAGCUGUGACUUGGUGGAGACCCCUCUGCUUCUCGGGCCUGCGGAGACCAGCUGAAGGGAAGGACUAAAGCAAUGCUUUCCAAGGAAGACUUCAGGUCACAUCGUUUAUGCUGCUAAAUUCAGUUUACCUCCAUAGGCCCUGUUCCCACCUGCUGUGGCAUCCACUGAUGACAACCAGCAUAUCUUCAAUACCUUGUUUCUAGGAGGGAAGCAAGAAGGUUGAGCUACUUCUCGAGCGAAGACUUCCUUGUUUGGAGGAAUUAGGUGUUCCUUGUAAGAGCUUUCCCCUUGCACCUGCCUCAGCUGCUCCAGGAGGUGCUUUAUUUAUGAUUGUGGGAGAAGGAACCGGUAGGCUCUUCCCACCCCCACGGUUUCCUUGCAGAAGUUGGGUCGGUUUUUGCGAUGCGUCCAGCAGCUCUCUGGAGAAUGAAACCUUCCCAAGGGGGCUUGGGCACCUGGGCAGGAUUCUCCCCGCACCUCACCUCUGCAGAAGAGGUCCUGGCCCUGGAGGUGGAUGGAAAGGCACUGGUCAGCGAGAGGUAAGCGUGGCAAGCUGUGGUAACUACUGGGUUUGGCCUUCUCUUCGCCCUUGGCUCCGUGGCCCUGCCCUUACAGCCCACCAUCUGCUCGGGAGGCCACAGCAGAGGGUGGACGCCGUGGCGCCAAGGAGCCUAUUCCCCCUCGGUAAACGGCAGGUAGGUUGUUGGCUCAGGUAUCUCUCUGCCUGAACCCAAAAGGGCCUCGCCUUUUACAUUCAUAGCCCGUGGUCGUCGCGGCCUUUCCGGGGACCGCUGCAGGUGAUACCUGAACGCGGAGAAUGUCUGCUUUGUGGGGCGUGGGUCCUAGACGGGGCCUAGGGAGCGGCGUGCUUAGGUUCUCGCGCCUGUCGAUCCCGGACCACAGUCGGGAGAUGCUGUGGUGGGGAUUGGGGGGAUGCCACGUAAAGAGGCCGCGCUGGGUCAAGACCAGACCAGGGAGCCCAGCGCCCACAGACGCUGCCACUCCCAUUCCACGCAACGCGGACCCCCGAGCCGGAAGCCGGAGGCCUAGGGCCUGCAGCCGGCUGGGGUCGGGGACAGUGCUCUCGCGACGUCCCCGAUCUCCGCGUAGCCCGGCCCCUUGGCCGCGCGGUGGCGUCAGAGCUCACGCCCGCCCGCCCGCCCCGGGAUCACGUGACACGGGGCGGCGCAUUCCGAUGACGUACGCCCGGCGCAACUCUCGCCCCGCCCGCUGCGGGGUCACGUGACAGUCCGGCGCAGCCUGAUAACGCGACGCCCAGCCCCUGGGCGCCGCUCCCGCCCCGCCCCGCCGCCACCGCCGCGCCGAGUCCUUUUGUCCAAGAUGGCGGCGCCGGGGGCGCUGCCUCCUCGGCCGCCGCCGCCGCCGCUGUGAGGGGCCUGCGGGCCGCCCGCCCGCCCGCCGCGCCGGCGCCAUGAAGAGGCAGAGCGAGCGAGACUCGAGCCCGAGCGGGCGCGGCUCGUCAUCGUCGGCCAAGCGGCCGCGGGAGCGCGAACGGGAGGCGGAGGCGGGCGGGCGGCGGGCGGCGCACAAGGCCUCGGGCGGCGCCAAGCAUCCCGUUCCAGCGCGGGCUCGCGACAAACCCCGCGGUAGCGGGGGCGGCGGGGGUGGGCAUCGCGACGGCCGCGGCGCGGGGGACGCAAAUCACCGUGCGAGCAGCGGCCGCUCCUCGGGCUCGGGCGCCGGCGGCGGGGCACGCGGCGGCAAGGCCUCCGGGGACCCAGGCGCUUCAGGUGCUUCACCCCGCGCGUCUCCGCUGCCACCACCGCCGCCGCCGCCCGGGGCCGAGCCCGCGGGUCCCGGCUCGUCGGCGGCCGCGCCCGAGUACAAGACGCUGCUCAUCAGCAGCCUGAGCCCCGCGCUGCCCGCCGAGCACCUCGAGGACCGGCUCUUCCACCAGUUCAAGCGCUUCGGCGAGAUCAGCCUGCGCCUGUCGCACACGCCAGAGCUGGGCCGCGUGGCCUACGUGAACUUCCGGCACCCGCAGGACGCACGCGAGGCCCGCCAGCACGCCCUGGCCCGCCAGCUGCUGCUCUACGACCGGCCGCUCAAGGUGGAGCCCGUGUACCUGCGCGGUGGCGGCGGCGGCGGCGGCGGCGGCGGGAGCAGCCGGCGAAGCAGCAGCAGCAGCGCUGCCGCCUCCACGCCGCCCCCGGGGCCGCCCGCGCCCGCCGACCCGCUCGGCUACCUGCCCCUGCACGGCGGCUACCAGUACAAGCAGCGCUCGCUGUCCCCAGUGGCCGCCCCGCCGCUGCGGGAGCCCCGCGCCCGCCACGCCGCGGCGGCCUUUGCCCUGGAUGCUGCCGCGGCCGCCGCGGUGGGGCUAUCCCGGGAGCGGGCCCUGGACUACUACGGGCUAUACGACGACCGCGGGCGCCCCUACGGCUACCCCGCCGUGUGCGAGGAGGACCUGAUGCCUGAGGACGACCAGCGGGCCACGCGCAACCUGUUCAUCGGGAACCUGGACCACAGCGUAUCGGAGGUGGAGUUGCGGCGGGCCUUUGAGAAGUACGGCAUCAUUGAGGAGGUGGUCAUCAAGAGGCCUGCCCGAGGCCAGGGUGGUGCGUAUGCCUUCCUCAAGUUCCAGAACCUGGACAUGGCCCACAGGGCUAAGGUGGCCAUGUCGGGCCGGGUGAUUGGCCGAAACCCCAUCAAGAUAGGCUACGGCAAGGCCAACCCCACCACUCGUCUCUGGGUGGGCGGCCUGGGACCUAACACGUCACUGGCCGCUCUGGCCCGGGAGUUUGACCGCUUUGGGAGCAUUCGGACCAUUGAUCAUGUCAAGGGAGAUAGCUUUGCCUACAUCCAGUACGAGAGCUUGGAUGCAGCUCAGGCCGCCUGUGCAAAAAUGAGGGGCUUUCCCUUGGGUGGUCCAGACCGGAGGCUGCGCGUGGAUUUUGCCAAAGCAGAGGAGACUCGGUAUCCCCAGCAGUACCAGCCUUCACCCCUCCCUGUGCAUUACGAGCUGCUCCCCGACGGGUAUACCCGGCACCGAAACCUGGAUGCAGACCUACGGGUGCGGGAUAGGACCCCCCCACACCUCCUGUACUCAGACCGAGACCGGACCUUUUUGGAAGGGGACUGGACCAGCCCUAGUAAAAGCUCCGACCGCCGAAACAGCCUGGAGGGCUACAGCCGGUCGGUGCGCAGCCGGAGUGGGGAGCGCUGGGGAGAUGGGGACCGGGGCCUGCCCAAGCCCUGGGAGGAGAGGCGGAAGCGGAGGAGCCUUUCCAGUGAGCGCGGGAGGACAACCCACUCCCCUUAUGAGGAACGGAGCAGGACCAAGGGUGGUGGGCAGCAGGUGGACCGGGGCUCUGACCGCACCCCUGAGCGCAGCCGUAAGGAGAACCACUCCAGUGACGGGCCCAAGGAGUCCAGCAGCAACUCCCUCAGCAACAGCAGACAUGGGGCUGAGGAGCGGAGCCACCACCACCACCACGAGGCUCCAGACUCUUCCCACGGGAAGAAGACCCGAGAGAGCGAGCGCAAUCAUCGGACCGCUGAGGCUGAGCCCAAGCCUCUGGAAGAGCCAAAACACGAGACCAAAAAGCUCAAGAAUCUUUCCGAGUAUGCCCAGACACUGCAGCUGGGUUGGAAUGGGCUCCUAGUGUUGAAAAACAGCUGCUUCCCGACAUCUAUGCACAUCCUAGAGGGGGACCAGGGGGUUAUCACGGGCCUCCUCAAAGACCACACUUCCGGGAGCAAGCUGACCCAGCUGAAGAUCGCCCAGCGUCUGCGACUGGACCAGCCCAAGCUCGACGAGGUCACGCGGCGGAUCAAGCAGGGGAGCCCCAAUGGCUAUGCGGUGCUCCUAGCCACCCAGGCGACCCCCAGCGGGCCUGGCACUGAGGGGAUGCCCGCGGUGGAGCCAGGCUUACAGAGGCGGCUUCUCAGGAACCUGGUCUCCUACUUGAAACAGAAGCAGGCAGCGGGGGUGAUCAGCCUGCCGGUGGGUGGGUCCAAGGGCAGAGACAGCACGGGCAUGCUCUACGCCUUCCCGCCCUGCGACUUUUCACAGCAGUACCUCCAGUCCGCACUGAGGACAUUGGGCAAGCUAGAAGAAGAACACAUGGUGAUAGUUAUAGUGAGAGACACUGCCUAGCCCAAACCUGUUUCCAGCUCCGCAUUUGUGUCACAAAAGCAGUUAUUUUAAGAUCUGACCACCACCCCCUCCCCACAUCCUACCCCCUUGGUUUGAAUUCUCUGCUGGGUUAUUUUGGUUCAUUUAAUGGGGGACCAGAGUCCCGACCCCCCACCAAAACUAAGUUCUUAGAUUUUAGGGUUGUGUUUUUUGUUUUUUGUCUUUUGUUUUAACAGCAAUGAGAAAAGGGACUCCUGUCACGUUGAUUUCUAGUGUACGAGAUACUGUCUGCUGUGUUCUGUAUUUUUUUAUUUUUUGACUAACUGUAUGGAAAGUUGUCAGUAAAGCCUUUGUCAGAGGAUGGAUUUUUAAUCCUGUUCUCCUGGUUUAA